AUGUCUACCGGACACACCCUGGACAAGCAUGGUGCUGAGAUCAAGACAGUGGGCUUCAAGCGCUUUGGGUUCGACUCGGAGGUCCCCAUCGACGUUCUGAGGAUGCUUUACCUCCGCCCCCAUUAUGUCGUCCCCGGGGAGGGCGGUUCUUGCUCUGUCACCCAGCCCCAGUCAGAGGAGGAGGAAUUCCAGUCCAAAUCCAUUUACUACCCUCAGACAAACUCAAUUUCAUAUACCACUCUCUCGCGUUUCCCGCCCGUUAGACUUCUCCCUCCCUCGGAGAGGAAACGCAUCCUCGUCACUGGCGGUGCUGGCUUCGUCGGUUCCCACCUCGUCGACCGUCUCAUGCUCCUGGGACACGAAGUUACAGUCAUCGAUAACUUCUUCACUGGCUCCAAGACUACCGUCAGCCACUGGAUUGGCCACCCUAAUUUCGAGAUGGUCCGCCACGACGUUGUUGAAGCAUUCAUGAUCGAGUGCGACCAAAUUUAUCAUCUAGCUUGCCCGGCCUCGCCUCCGCACUAUCAGUUCAAUGCGGUCAAGACCAUCAAAACAUCGUUCAUGGGGACCCUGAACAUGCUUGGUCUCGCUAAGCGCACUAAAGCCCGCUUCUUGAUCAGCAGCACGUCUGAGGUCUACGGCGACCCUGAGGUUCACCCUCAACCCGAAGACUACUGGGGACAUGUCAACCCUAUCGGUCCCCGUGCCUGCUACGAUGAGGGCAAGCGUGUUGCCGAGACUCUUACCUAUGGAUUCCACCAGCAGGACGGCGUUGAUGUCCGUGUCGCUCGCAUCUUCAACACGUAUGGACCCCGCAUGAACCCCUAUGAUGGACGCGUCGUGUCCAACUUCAUCGUCCAAGCCCUCAAGGGUGAAGACAUGACUGUCUACGGAGACGGCAAACAAACUCGUUCUUUCCAAUACAUCCACGACCUCAUCGACGGUAUGAUCGCUCUCAUGAACUCUGAUGAAACCCGCCCUGUCAACAUCGGCAACGGCGAUGAAUUUACCAUUCUUGAAUUUGCUGAACUCGUUCGAGAGAUUGUCGAAAAGGUUCAAGACGAGGACGGUGUCAAACGUGCCCGCCGUGUCAACAUUGUUCACAGGCCUCUUCCCAAGGAUGAUCCUCAGCAACGUCGUCCUGACACUACUCGGGCUAAAGAGUCGCUCCAGUGGCAACCCCGCUGGACCAUCCGCAUGGGCCUAGAAGAGAUGGUCCGUUACUACAAGUCGAAGAUGGAGGAAGGUAGCCUCUAAAGUAAUUCAUUCUGGUAGCCGCACUUUGGACUUUUGGUACGAUAUAGAUCUUGUGUUCGCCAUUCGCCAUUCGCAUUGUAUUACUAGUUGCAGCAGGGUUUAGACAGACUUCCCUCGGACUCUUCUUCCUUUACAAGUCACGGUAAUCGUAGUACCCAACAUCAUGAUUCAGUCAUUACAUAGAAGUUUGUACAAACCUCUGUCGUACAUGUAUACAAUAUAACCGUUGUAG